CCCUCUCUCACUCUCUCUCUCUGGGAAAACAAUGGCAGCUGCGGCCUCAAGAAACCUGUUGAAGCUGGGCUGCUUGGUCCUCGCUGCAUGCGCGGCGGCUGUGCUAGCGCAAGAAACACAGUUGGCAGCGCCAGGGCCGUUGCCGCCCAAUCGGCCCAACUGCUCGGUGGUGGUGACUAAACUUGCAGAUUGCAAACCAUCUCCGGCAACUCCUUCGCCUGCAUGCUGCGAGGGGGCUAAAGACAUUAAGGGACUCUUUCAGAGUGCUAAGACCACGGACGAUCGCCAGGCUAUCUGCCAGUGCCUCACUUGCCAGCCACACCGGGGCGGCCACGGCCCCGCCCCCGCCCCCCCGGGGCUUCAGUACGCUGAUGCAGAUUAUAUCUUCGACAAAUGCAAUGUCCAGCUCCCUUUCCCACUGACCAACACCACUAACUGCAAAACGGCCGUGAAGUGAAGCAGAGGUAGCUAUAUAUGUAUGGUAGUAAGAAUAAGUG